GCAGCAGUCCUGAGGUGGACCAGGGGAUAAUCAAGGCGAUGUCUUCCCCCAGACUUAUUCCCCUGUGGAAGGAUCUUAAAUACCUUAUAAAUGACAUGAUACAUAAGCGCCAGCAAACAGAUGACCCAAAGACUGAUGUAGUUGUGUUGAGUGACCGGUCCCAGAUCCUGUUCAAAGAGUCUCGCCAUCCUCAAAAUAUGCCACUUAUAUGCUAUUAUGUCAGUGAUGCCAACUUCUUUGCUUCUCUCUCUUGGGUGACAACAAGCACAAAAGAAAUACAGGCUGUAAUAUGGAUGAAGAGCAAAACUGAGGACAUGGUGGAGAAGAGAACAUUCUCCAUGACCGAACGACUGCCGCCCAUCCAGUCCAUGGUCCACACGGGUUCCUUUCACAUCCUCGUGGUCUACUGUGGUGACCUGCUCCUGCGGCUCUUUGGGGACCACUUUCGGUCAUUCAAACCCCUGGGUGCAGUGCCCUGCCGCUUUAACAUCAACUGCCUCUGCUAUGACCCAGAAAUGAAGGUGCUUCUGUCGGGUAUCCUGGGGGCGGUGGUCACCUGGACCAUUGAGCGGAGUGGCAGGGGCCUCCAGAUAGCCCACAUGGUGUCCUUGCCUGGCGAUGAGCUUGUCCAGGAUAUCGUGUUGAACGGCCCCGAUGGCUCCCUUCUAGCCCUGUGUGAGACUGUGGUGAGGGUCCUUGAGCGCCAAGGCCACGGCCAGCUGGGAGAGGUGAAGAGGUUCACUUCCAUCACCGGCGGCUCCUCCAUCACCUGCUGCUUCACCUGUUUUGAUCAGGGCUUUCUCUAUGCUGGAAACAUGACUGGGGAAAUCCAAGCAUGGAGCCUCAGUCGGGGCCACUCUCUCCACAGCUUCAAGGCCCAUUUCUCAACAGUGAUAUGUAUCCGCAGCCGUCCAGAAGCCCACACCCUGCUAACAGCUGGCAAGGAAGGCUUCAUCAAGGAGUGGAACCUGACUUCGGGGAACCUGCUGCGGUGGCUAGAACUUGGCGAGGACCUGUACCGACUCCAGUUUAUUGACAGAGCUACUUUCUUCUGCCAGACCACCUAUUCCUUCUCCUUGCGCAGUCUGCCCUGCUUCUACAACCUCUUCCAUGUCUGUGGUUCUGCUCCCCAGCAGCUGCGACGGGUCCACUGUGGCAAUAGCUGGUUCCGGAUCCUGUGUGUUACUGAGGAUGGCCUGUUGCGGUUUGUGUCCCCACUAACCGGGAAUCUUCUGGUCAUCACCUGGCCCUUCUCAAUCCUGGACCAGGCUGUGGAUUGGGCCUAUGACCCAGAAAAAGAGGAGCUCUUUGUAGCAACAGGCAGCUCCAAUGUGCUGGUAUUUGACACAACCCGCUGCCCUUGCCCAGCCAAGUAUCUCUUAUGCACCUCACCAAAUUCUCAGGACAUGGUACAAUGCCUGGCUUAUGGGCAUUUCCACCUGGGGCGGGGUCUAGAAGGACUCAUGUUCUCUGGACACCAGAGUGGUAUGAUCAGAGUGCUUUCCCAGCACAGCUGUGCCCGAAUAGAGAAAUUCGUGCACUUUGGGGCUGUAUUAGCACUCUCUACACUGCCCGGAGGGCUUUCUGGUGGCCGAGAAAACUCUUUGCUCUGUUCCUAUGGAAUGGAUGACUAUGUACACCUAUCAGAAGCUGUGCUUGAGGGGAUCAGAGUGCAUUUGCGGCCCCUCGCCAGCAUUAUCAGCAGCUGUCACCUAACACACCUGAUACUCUUGCCCAAGUCUGUGGGUGCCAUCACAGAGACUAACUGCCUGCGCCUCUGGAAGUUCCGUGAUUUUAUGUCCUCUGGGUCACGGAAAGGCUCGAUGUGCAUAGAGACACUGCCCCUGCACCAGUGUGCCAUCACAUCUUUUGAUGUCUGCCUAUCCUUGAGUCUUUUUGUUACAGGUGGCAGUGAUGGCUCCAUCCGAAUCUGGAACUUCCAUGGUAGACUUGUAGCCAUGGUGGACUCAUCAUUGCACUUUGGCCCACUCUGCUUUGCAAAUGACCGGGGUGACCUGCUUGUCACUUUCAACCAGAGUCUUUAUCUGGUGUCCUGCUUAAAACUGCUUCCCUCAACCCUGCUGGCUCGCCUUUCCUUUAUGGGUAUGACAGAUGAAGUGCUAGAAGCUCCUAAGCCAUUCAUACCAAGCUUCUUCUUCUCUUUUGAGACCAUGUUUGUGCCCAGGUAUAUCUACCUUGGGCAAGGGCAACAGCAAUUAGGGGGUCUGGAGAAACUUGUCAAUAAUCGGGCCAUAGCCUUUGACCAUAACGUGCCACACGUCAUAGAAGAAGAUGAGCAGGGGAGCCCUGUGUUACUGUCUUCCUUCAGACGCGACUCUGUGCAUAAGGAAACUGAUUUGAUGCAGACGAAAAAAACUCUUCAUUCCCAUUAUGUGCUUCCUCCCCAGCUCCACCUGACUACCUGGGAUGGACUAAACCCCUACCAGAUGCUGCGAUGCUACUUUGGUCAUGGGCGGAAAUGGCUCUUGGCUCCUGAUUGCUACAUCCCCAACUCAGUGAUUCGUGCCCGUCUUUGGCCAGAGGGCAGCCCAAUAUACCUACAGUGCAACCUGCACGCACCCAUGCGGGAAUUGGAAUGGGACAAGUCUCAACAAUUCUUCUUCUGGCACAGUAGGGCAAGUGCUAUAAGUGAUGCAGGAGAAUAUUCACAUGAAAAGGAAGAUGAAGACUUCCUAGAAACAAGAAUGUCCAAGGAUAUCACCUACAGUGUCCUUACAGAUUCAGCGAACCGCAGUUGGCUGGGAAGAAAGAUGAGCGAAAUAGCUAUCAAUAGCCUGAUAGAGACGAUUCUCAACAUUAUGACCCAUGCUUCUCCACUGAAGUACCAGUGCUGUAUUGGUGCCCUAGGGCAAAUCUUUGCCUCUUACCAGGUAACUCCACCCCUCCGCUCUGACACAGCCCAUCGUCUGUUGGAUGAUACAACCAAUUCCAAUCCACUGAUCCGAGAGCUAGCCUGGGAAGGACUGAAGCGUCUAGGAAUGAUUACUCAUCUCUUUGCCAUGCCUCUGGCCCAAGGACUAAUGGACAAAGAUGAAAGGGUGAGGAAUAAGGCCCUGAGCCUCAUGGCUGAAACUGGAAUCCAUUCUAAGACCUCACUCUUAAACUUGAUCCAGGACCGAGAUACCUUCCGGGAGAUGCAGCAGGAAAUGGUUGGGGAGGAAGCCCUGGACCAUAUGCUGGGAAUGCGGGCCACAGAUCUCCAAAUCCUUUAUACUCAAGUGGAGCAGCGAUUGAAUGAAAACCUGACUUUAGCACUUGGAGAUGUAAAGCCUACUUUUUCUUUAGAUGUCUCAGAGGCUUCUGAACUUACCUCCCUUUCCAAGAAAACUGAGGAACCUGAAGAAGCGGAAGUUGCCACCAAGCCUAGCAAAGGCCAAAGACGGGGCCGGGCAGGAGGCAGAAAGCACGCCCGAAAAUUUUUGCGGAGCCUCAAGAAGAUGAAGGAAACUGGCACAGAGCCAGGUCCCUUAGAGGGUGAAGGUGAUCAGAGUGAAGCCUUACCACCUGAGGGGGAGGAGUCUAGGUCUUCAAGCUCUAGUACACUGAAAAUUUCAAAAGAUGAAGAACAAGAACUGCCAGAGAAAGAGGCCUCAAAGGAUCAUGUUGCACUGACCCUGAAGAUGCUGAGGACGGUACAUGACAAAAGAGGCAUGAAAGCAACAAAGAGGCGCAAGAGGAAGACAGUAGAAGCUGAGGAAUCUCCAUCUGCUGCUAGGAGAGAAUCAGUUGGGAAGCCGAAGCCAGCGAAAACCAAAGGGCGGGGUGCCUCUGGAGCCCCUGGCCGCAGGACUACUCCUGGAGAUGGCUCAUCAUGGCGGGAUGAUCUGUGUCGUCUUAUGACUCUGAGGAUAUCUGGUUCCCAGACACAAAUGUCAGAAGCUCUAAAUGCUGAGCUAGUGACCACAGCUCAGGAGGUGCUGGCUGAUCGACAGCCCAGCUGGGAGCUCUUUCAGGAGAUCUGCCCCCUGUUGAAGAAAGAAAGUGAGGUCCUGUUUGAGGAUCUUGAUUGGGAUGUAGCCUGGCCAGAGGAGAAACCAGUUUUUAUUCAUGGAGGAGCAAUUAGAGAGGACAUGGUGAUCAGAGACAUGGAAGAGGAGACAAAAGAGGAGCAAGAGCAAAAGGAAGAAAGGGGCAGGCAGGACCUGCAGGAAACCCAAGUGAUUCCCAAAAAAGCCAAGAGAAAGAAAGUUAUUUUUUUAGAAUCUGACCUAACCAAGGGAAAACAAAUAUCAAAGAAAGAAGAAAAGAAACCCUCUAAGAAGGCUUUUAAGCAGGAGAGGAAAUCAGUCCAGAAGGAAACAAAAGUGGUUAAAAAAGAGAGGAAAAUAACAAAAGGAGAGAGGGAUGUGAGUCGGGAAGAGGGGGAAAUGGCCAAAUUAGAGGGGAAAGUAGUUGAGCCAGAAGGAAGUCCAGUUAAGGAAGAGCCAAAGCUGAAUUGGCAGGAAUGGAAGAAGUCCUGGGAUCUGUGGAAACAGGCAUAUGGUGAGACAAGAAUAUCCUCGGAUGAAUGGAGAAAAGCUUGGGAAAAUGGGCAUUUUCAAGAAGAGGAGAAACUACAAAAGGAUGAAGAAAAGCUGUUCCCUGGCAAAGAAAAGCCACAUACGGACAAGAUGAAGCGGACAAGGGAUGAAUGGGCACAGAUCUGGAAAAGGAUGUCAGCCAGGGCCAGGGAGCAAUUUUUGGAGGAUGAGGAGGAAGUGACUCCAGAGGAAGAAUUGUCUCAGGAGUGGGAAGGAGAAGAGGAAGCAGAAGCAGAAGAAGAAGUAAAAGAAGAAGAAGAAGAGCUGAUGACAGAAGAACAGAGAGAGAUCCACGAAGAAUAUAAACAGGCACAGACUGAGAGGAAACGGGCCCAAGUUGAAAUACUACGAGCCCAGGAAGAGAGGAAGCUGGCAGAAGAAGAAAAGAAGCUAGCACAAGAAGAGAGAAAACUGGCUCAGGAAGAGAGAAAACUUGCCAGAGAUUAUGGGAAAAUGGCCCAGAAAGACAGGAAAACAGUCCAGGCAGAGAGGAAUUUUGUCCAGAAGGAGGAAAAACUCGCCCAAAGAGAGGAGAUGCUAAGCCAGGAAGCAGAGAAAAGGGCCCAGCAAAGGAAGAAACUGGCCAUGAAAUUGGAGAAACUGGCUCGAAAAGAAGAGAAAACAGCAAUGAAAGGAGGGAAGCUAGCUGAGGUGAAAAAUAUAUUGGUCCAGAAAUUGGAAAAACUGGCCCAGAAGGAGCAAGAUCUAGAAUGUCAAGAAAAGGAACUAGCUCAGGAAGUAGAGGACCUGGCAUGGGAAGAGGAGGAACUGGCUUUGAAAGAAGAGGAAGUGAAUCAGGAAGAGGAGGAAAUGGCUAAGGAAGAGGAGACACUGACUGAGAAGGAGAAGACACUGGCCUCACAAGAGGAGAAAAUGGAUAUUGAAGAGAAAAAAUUAGCCCAGGAAGAAGAGCUGCUGAUCCAGGAAGAAAAGAAACUGGCCCAGGACAAGGAAACACUGCCUAGGGAAGAGGAAAGACUUGCUCAGAAAAGGGAGCAAUUGACAAAGAUUAACCAAAAACUGGCCCAGGAAAGGAAAAAAUUGGCCCAAAACAAGGAAGAAAUCACCAAAACCAAGGAACUACUAGCCUGGAGGCAGAUGACUCUGGCUAGGGAAGCAAAUCUAGCUGAGGAGAAGUUGAAACUGGCUCAGAGGAAAGAAAAAUUAAUCCAGCUCAAAGAAAGCCUCAGCAAGAACAGAAAGAAAUUAGUCCAAGAAAAGGAGAAAUUGGGCAUGUACAAGAAGAGACUGGUUCAGAUAGAGGAGAAGGUGAUGGAGGAAAAGGCAAAACUUUUCCAGAAGAAGAACAAACUGGCUAAUGAAGACGAAAAACUAACCCAAUUAGAGAAAAGCCUGGCUGAGAAACAGCACAAACUAGCCCAGGAUAAAAUGGAAUUAGCUAUGGGGAAGAGGGCGCUAUUCCAAGAACUGAAACAACUCAGAAGUGACUGGUCUAUUACUAGAGAAGAAAAGGCACUGGGCAUGGAAAUGGAGAAACUGGCCUGCGAAAAGGUGAGACUGGCUGAGGGGCAGGAAACUCUCUUCAAGGAAAAGACUCAAGAAACUUCAAGACAGAAAAGACUAACUGAAGGUGAACUAGAACUAGUUAAGAGGAAACUGUCACUAGAGGAGAAGAUAGUGGUCUAUGAAGAUAGGAUAUUGGCCACAGAGCAAACAGAUAUUGCCAAAGGAAACCUGGAGUUUACCAAAGGAGGGAGAGUGUAUGCCCAGGAAGAAAGAAAGUUAGCCAGAGUGAAAAGGAAAUUGGCUAAAGAAAGCAAGGACAUUCCCAAGGAACCCUUAAAAUUGAGCAGCAAAAUAUUAAAGAUACUUCAAAACCUUAUCAAAGAAGAAAGGAAACUAACCCAGGAAAAAAUACAGAUGACAAAGUUAAAGAGAUUAUUCUUUAUUAAGGAAAGGGAACUGAACAAGAUACAGAAUGAACUCGAUGCCAAAGAGUGGGAUUUUUCUGAGGAACAACCAGAAAUUACGACAGAUGAAAAGAAACUGGCUAAGAGGCAGAGAAAACUGGCCAAGGAAAUGAGAAGGAUGAUAAGGAAAGAGAAAAAAAUGACUGAAAAAGAAAGCAGAUUGGCCAGGCAACAGAGAGAAGUCAUGCAGGAAGAAGAGGAGGAAGAAAUAACAGAGGAAGAAGAGGCAAAACCAUUCCUUAAACAAAGGCCAAGAAAGACAAAAGAGCUAAAGAGAGUUGAUAUGCAACAGGAAGAGUUUCCCGGUCAAGUACAUGAAGUACAAAGCAUGAAAAGUGAAGAGAGCUUUUCUGAAGAAAUGGAGAGCCUGUUAGAUGAAGUAGAGCAAGAGAGUCUGUCUGAGGAAGAGGAGGAGGAGGAAGAGGAAGAGGAGGAGGAGGAGGUGGAAGAGAAGGUGGAAGAGGAGGAGGAGGUGGAAGAGGAAGUAGAAGUGGAGGAAAUGAAGGAGGAGGUGGAGGAGGAGGAAGAGAAGAAGAAGAAGAAGAAAAAGAAGAAGAAGUUGGUGCAGGAGGAGGAGGAGGUGCUUGAGAGGGAGAAAAGCAUGAGCGAGGAAGAAAUGGAACGUUGGAGUGAGAAAGAGGAGGAAGAAGAGGAGAGAAGCAUGUUGGAAGAAGUGGUAGAUAAGGAAAAAAAGACCUUUAAAAAGGAAAAACUGUUUGAGUUACCAAAAGAAAGAAAAAAAGACCUAAGAGGAAGAGAAGCUGUCCCUUUUACCAGGAAAAAAAUCCCUGAGGUCAAAGGCAGUGCUAUAAAACUGGGAUUUCUGGAAAGCCCUUCCAAGCAACUGUUCUCAGUAGUUCUGGGGAAGGAAGAAAAGACACCAGCACCAGUGUCAAUUAAACAAACAUCCUGGGAAGACCAGGCCACAGUACUCGACAUAUCCAGGGUAUUCCCAAGGACAGGGUUUAUGGAUAAAGAAGAGCAACUGUUAAAGAAAUAUAAACCCAUGUCUUUACAAUUUUUGGAUACAGUUUUGGAGUCCCAAGAGCCUGAUUUAAAAACCCCGUAUUUAUCCCACAUAUUGAAGAAAACCAUGGAAGCUCAUAAACUCCAAGGCAAACCACUAGGGGCUAAGUGGCAGUCGCUGUUGCAGCGUCAUCCAUCUCUGAAGGGACAGACUGAGGUAAAAUUACCUGUAUCCAAAAUUCUAGCUGAGGAAAUAUAUGCAGACGUAAGCCUCUCUGAUGUAGAGUGGAUACACCAUGUCCUAGAACAAAUGGAAGCAGGAGAACAGAUUUCCAGGGAUAGUUUCCAUAGAUUGUGCCAGCUUCUCAAAGACCUCACCGAAAAGGAAAAGUUAGAGUGGAUGCACCUGGCCAAACUUGAAACCAUUGUGUACCGUCACAGGCAGAUCCUGGAAUCACGAAGCACACGUAUCUCAAAACCCAGUAAGGAACCCAUGGGUCCAAAAUACCUUAAAGUGAUCCCUCCUAUAAAAGGAAAGGAAAAGGAAAUCUGGCUAAAACCUUUGGCUGUGUCCACACCAAAGUCACCAUUAGCUACCAAAAUGAUCCCAGACUCAAAGGCUAUAAAUUGGCAGCUUCUAGGAGAGCCUUACAGGAGUGCACGGGCAGAGAAGAUAUCCACUGCUCUCAAGGAGAUGGAGACGCAACGCUACUAUCCUGCCACAAAAGACAUUUUCACGGGUGCCCUUGACUCUGUGGAAAAACAAACUCUAGCACUGAUGUUUCAAAAGGACUUCCGGGCUUUUAAGGGUAAGGGCAGAUUUCCCAAAUUGCCCAAGUUGGAAAAGAAGGCACAGCCCAUCUCUAAAAAAAAGGAAGAGGUGCCUCUAUGGGAGACAUUUGUGGCAUUGUACCAUGUCUUGCGGAUGUUGCAGGAGCGAUAUGCGAAAGACAGUGCUGCUUGGAUGGAACGGUUCUCCCGCCUCAUGGACCUGUACCACCUUAAGUCCCCCCGAAUCCAGAGGCUGCUACAGGAACUGCUCCUGAGAGAGGAACCCCAAUCCCAAGAGGUCACUUACAAAGAGGCACUAAAGGCCAUAGAGCUAGCUCCUGGGGAGCGGUUGUUCUACCACCUGUUCUGUGGUGGCUCUCACACCCCCAGAGGUCCUCUGGAGUUCCAGGAGGUGGUUCCCCUCCCAGGGCAGAACAAUGUACGUACCAUGCUCCCUAUGGGCGUUGCCCAGUAUGGGAUCUUAGAACUUGCCUGGAAGAGUUUGCCCCAAGCUGAUUUACACCUCACCAAAGAAUCACCCUACGUCGUUGUGCCUACCCCCUAAUUUAGGACUGGAGGGAUAGGGCUUUUCAUUCCCACCUGGAGAAAGGCCUUAUCACCUGACUCUAGAUCUUUAUCCCUGG